UCAAGGGUCGGAAACCCGGCUGAAUACGGGAAUGUCACCGGUGAGAAACAAGCAGCAGAAGGACAAAUACGAUGAACAGACAUGUGCGGGAGGAAUAGACAUGUGUUGGGCUUGCGGUACUUCAAAUGACCGACGGUUUUAGGGCUAAAAAGACAUUCUGCUUCUCCUGCUGCCCCGAUGCCAGCUGAAGCGUGAUGCAUCCACAGCAGCCCAGAACGGCCUCGGCCCCACAGAGACGAUGGGCAGAUCACGCCCCUCGGGGCACUGCGAGCACCGGCUUCCUGCAGGGCUUUAUCCAGAGCGUCGGGCCUCCUUCCUUCUGCCCUCUGCUCCCCAGGGUCCACGCAGCUGAUGUUGCUGCUGCACAGAUGUCCUCCUCCACUAGUCCUGCACCCAGCAGCAUGCCAAGCCACAUUGGCAGUCCAGAAUUUCCAGAUACAGGAUGGGAUCGUAUCAAGGACCUCUUUGACAGAGACGUGACGCAACGGUACCCAGAAGAGCUGACCAACGUGAUGAAGAGCGGUGUGACUGCCGCUCUAGCCGGCCUGCUCUACGGAGGCCUGCCAGCAGCUCGCCACGCCAGGCAGAGGUACAUCCAAGUCAGCCAGGCGGAACUCUAUACGAGCCGAGUGGAAGCAGUGCGCUCGGCCCAUAAUGCAGCAAUCCGGGGCUUCGUGCGAUACGGAUGGAGAUGGAGCUGGAGAGUGGCGGCUUUUGUCACCUUAUUUAACUCCGUCAGCACAGGGCUGUCUGUGUACAGAGACAAGUACACCCUGGGGCAUUACGCUGCAGCUGGAGCGGUGACUGGAGGCCUUUUCAGACUGAACCUGGGUCUCAGAGGCCUGGUGGCAGGAACAAUCAUCGGAGCCGUUCUGGGGUUUCCCGCAGGUGCGUUGAUCCUCAGCAUGCAGUCGAUUGCAGGAGAAACAGCCAGAGAGCGGCGGAGGCGAGAGCGCAGGGAACUUUUUGACCUCCGACUCACAGAAUGGAAGGCCCGUCUGCACUUGACAGACGAGUUGAUUGGCGAUCUGAAGGUCAGCUCCGAGGCAGAAGGAACCAACAAGGACAUGCAAAGGAUCCAGGAAUUGCUCAGUUUACCACCGAAUGAGGAUGUGGCUCAGGACUCACGCAGCCAGUGACCGUAACAGUUCCUGCCUGUUAUCUGUCGCACAUUGAAGGUGGGACUUCACACAAGUGGGAGAAAAAAGUGGGUCACUUUGCCUGGAUUCACACACCCUUCUCCAACUUCACAUCAUAAUUAAAACAAACAAUGUUGUGCUUCACCAACUAUUGUCCUGUGUACUGCACUCCUCUCUGUGAGGACCAAUUCGUUUUUUUUAUAGAAAAAUAGAGUGUGAGUCACUAUUCAAAGACUUGGUUUCAGGGUUUGGCUCGGUUAGGGCCAGAGAUAAGCAUUCAUGUGUAAUUGUCAACGUUCACAGAGAUGAAAUAUGUCGAAGAGGGUCCUCAUAUGUAUGGAUGUAUAAUCUUGUGUAAAGCAGGUUGUUACGAUUGGGGGGGAAAAAGGCUUUUAAUGAACGCUGUUUACGGCUACAAAAAAAGUUCCGAUUUUACAUUAAUUAACUCCUGCAAUGCUUAAUACAUCUUCGGAUAAAGAGGCACAUAUUUUAUAUUUGGAUCCUGAAAAAAUUCCAUUUUGUCAUUGUGAUAAUUGAGACACAACUAACGGGCUCUAAACUUAAUACCAAUAAUAAGUAUAUAAUAAGUUGCGAUCAUAAGGGAUACAACCUAAUGAAGCCUUCUGACACACUCCUAUAUUAAUACAUUAUAGAAGUUUCCUCAAGCUUUCAAAAAAAAUAUGCUUGUUUCUUUUUGUGCUUUGAAUCUCCAUGAAUAAACAAUUAAAUUGC